AAAGGCAUCCUUAAGCACAGUCACCACAAAGACCAUCAAAAAUGUUAUGAUGAAACUGGUUCUCAUCAGGACCGCCCCAGGAGAGGAAGAGCAAGAGUUCCCUCUGUUGUACAGGAUACGUUCAGCCUCAGAAACCACACUUUAAAGUUACACAUGAUUCCUUAUGUGUUCCUUCAUAGUCUAUGAUUUUUGGCUGGUACUGUAUAUAAAAGCCUAAUAAAACCUAAUGUUAAUGCAUUAGUUUGGAUAGUAUAUAAAAAAUAAUAAUUGUACAGGUAAAUAGAUCCAUGAUGCCGGGGUUUUACAAGAAUUUACUUUUAAUUUUAUUUCAAAUCAUAAUUAUAUAAGGGCCAAGCUGUCCGUGAUGAGGUUAAACUCAAAACAACCUUCAGCCUAAAAAUGAUUGAGAUCAUACCUGAGGUGGGGAAAUGUCUUUUCUUAAAGCACUGCGAAACCACAAGGCAGUGAGAAGAACAACAGUUAGAAAUGGUUUAAAAAUAAAUACAUUUGUACACUAAUAACAGUCUUAGAAAUGACAUAUAUUACUUUACAGCAUGUGUAAUAAUGUCCUGCUAAGUGCAGUUCAGCCACUGACCUAAGAGUCUUAGAGUCUCUGUGAAACACAAAAUCCACCGGAGAUCCUAUUUAAACCUAUAGUUACACACAGAGGUGGUUAGUUCAGGUCCAGAAAGUAAAAAUCCACCCCGGGACUAAUUAGUAACUUGUGUUAACAGAACUGUUCGCUGGUGUUGUUCCUCCACAGACAAAUCUGAACUAUUUGUUCCUUAGCUCUGAAUUACUGGGUAAAGCAUAUAACUAAACACUGUUGUGUUAUUUGCACAAAUAACACAGGAAUUAACUGCUAUGCUGUCCCUAGCGCUGUUAGCUCUUAUCUGACGAGACGGUGUCGCUGCCUGGCUUCAGCUCUUCCUAUGUGCGGCCCGAGCCAAAGUGGGCGGGGUCAUGAAUACUAAUUCACGAGUUUGAUAGACAUAGAUACAGAGCUUUUACUGAUCAACUUGUUUUUCUGAACAUUUUCUUUUAUUAGCUACUGCAGAAAAUGGAGGUUUCUAAUCAACUUUCAGAUAAAAUUAUGAAAAAUAAAAUUGAUCCAAAAGGCUCCUGUCUCAGAGAAUCACCCACAAAAUCACCAUCUUUGCUAAAGAAUUUAAAGAUUAUACAGUUUAUAGAAGAAACAGGUUCAUACAUUAGCUACUGUAAUUAUAUUUUUCCAUUUCUAUCCUCAUUCUUCACAGACGGAACCAUGGUGUUCUCUCCUCACCUGAUGUUCCUCACCCUCCUGGUCCUGGCCUCUCACAUGACGCUGGGUGAUGCUGUCGUCACCGUGACGAGAAUCUCAGCCUCCGGAUUGGCUGUUGAUGAGUCGGGCACUAAGCCCGACCCGUACAUCAAGGCGUGGUGCAACGGUGUAUACGGCGGCAAGACCUCCAGCGGUUCAAACAACAGCAGUCCCUCCUGGAUUGUAAAGUUCGAUUUCUCCGACUGCAAAGCAGGACACACUCUAAAGCUGGAGGUGUGGGAUAAGAACCUCUUUUUUGAUAAACUGUUGGGCUCCUGUAGCCAUAAAGUGUUAAGUGGAAGUAACACCAGCAGGUGCACCCUAAUAAAAGGCUCUUUGUCCUCCACCUACAACACCAGCUAAGCAUGCCCAUCAUGCACAUGUCAGUUUUAAAUGCUACAGUUUUCUUCUUUUUGUUUGAAAACAAUAAAAAAAAUGUUUGCAAACUUGCUUUAUUAUUUUAAUUUCCUUUUAAACAGAAUUUUAAUGUAGAACAAGUCUUUCUCAAACUGACCCAUAAACACUUUUUUUCCUACGCUUCAAUUAAAUGUAUCCUUCAAUUCAUUCAGCAAUGUUACUGUUGGGAUCUAUCUUUAUUACCUUUAACACAUUUAAUCCUCAAACUGACCCAUGAGCUCUUUCCCCAGGGUGAGCUUGACCUUUCUAUUAAUAAAAUUCAUUAGAUUUACAUUUAUGGCAAUUACAGAAACAGUAACCCCUUUGGGAUUCCUUGGAUUUCUGCAUAAAUUGGUCAUUAA